AUGAACUCGUCUACACUUCCUCCAUUAUUGGGCAACUAUCUACAUGAAUAUGAAGAAAAACAAACGGUAGCUUUAGCAAGGUAAGGGCAAAAAAAUAACGAUUAUAAAUGCGAUUUUUUAUUUUAAAUUUUUAAUCCUUUAAUCUUGUAUGUAUUUUGGGUUUCAUAAAACAAAUAUUAUAUUGUUAAUGGUUAGAAAAUGCGUAACUAUGCUGUGAAAUAUAGAUAUACAAUAAAUUAAGUACAAACUAACGUAUUGUCUGAAAUUGGUAUAAAUUUUGUUCUGGACCGUUCAUGGUAGGACUGAUUUAUAUAUUAUAAACUGCAUUUCAAAUCGAUGUAUUUACUGCUUUCGAAGAGCAUAAAAUCUUUCGUAGCAAACAUAUAUUCAAUUUUUAACUUUUUUACCUUAAUUUAUACCUAUUUUUUCCACUAAUCAAUCGCAGGUCUGAUGAAGCAGGUCCAGUUAGUGAGCAAUUAGAACAAGUUAAGAAUGGUUCUAAUGAAGUAGAGAAGAAACCGAAGCACAUCAGAACAAUGGCUCACAAGCGUCAUGCGGAGGCUGAGGAGAAAGCAUCGAAAGAAAAAGAGGAGGUCGGUUGAGAUUGUUGUAGGCUGUCUGGCUAAAAGCCUGUGUGCUAAACUAAUUUUAUUUUUUUACUCUUUCUAAUGCCAGACAAUUUUACUUGUGAAGGGGAGAGUGCUGGUGCUUAAUGGGUUAACUGGCCUAUCUGCCUAUAUGUGUCUAGUUGAGCCAUUGAGUCGCAUUGCACCCUGAUGCGCCCUAGUACUUUAUUAUUUUACUCUAACACCAGAUUAUUUUACUCUGUCUAAUGCCAGACGAUUUUACUCAUCAAUGGGAGAACGCUGACCUGUUAAUGGGUUUCAAACUCUGUACAUUAGGAAUGUUCGGUAUACUGAUAUACCGAAAAUAUUGGCAUUGAAACCAAUAUCAAAUUUUUGUUUUACUCAAAUGUAAAGUAAAAGAAGUAGACAUUUCGUGUUAAAAACAAUGUCAACAGAGCUCUUUGAAAUUAUCAUAAAUGGUGUUUCUACUUUUGAAAUUAUUCAAAAUCAAAAUUUCCUUCAAAUUUCCACUAAGGAAUUUUCCUAUCUAAUUUAAAAAGCAAAUAACUGGUAUACUGAUAAUAUCGGUAUAACUUUUCCGGUAUACCGAUACCAGGAAAUUCUCAUACCGAACAUUCCUACUGUACAUGACACUUUAAUAGAAAAAUUUAUAAUUAUUGUGAAAUCUGCUUCUGUUGAAAUUUUAGAAAGCUCUCCAUACGUUCAAAAUGUGGAACAUUGUAAAAGAAAAUGAACGUAAAAGGAAACAGAGGAUGUUAAAAGAUCGAGUGAACUUGCAACAUCAGAUGAUUAAAAAACAGGAUGAACUAAUUCAAGAAAAACAUGAACAGCAAAAAACAGUUAGUAUGAAACAAAGGCACUUGAAAACAGCACUCUGAUUUUAGAAAUUUAAUGAUGGGCUUUAUUGCUAGCUGCUAACAUUUCUGUAACAUUCUUAUAAUUAACAGGAAAAGGAAAAGCAAAAUUCUCAAGCAAGAACUCGAAAACAAAAGCUUGGAGAACUACCACAAAAAGGUAGAAUUAGAAAUACUUAUGUCAUGUACGUUUGUCAUUGUCAAAAAUGUCCCAAGUCCUGCAAAAUAUAUUGUGGACUUCGUAACUAGUUCAAUCAUUUAACAUAUUGCCAUGAAUAUUUUUAUCAGUGCAACAAAAACAACUUUCAAAGCCGACAAACAACAACAAACCUAGAAAGCAUAAACCAGUUAUCCCAGAGGCCCAAAAUGAACAAGUCCCCGAAAAAACUUGCGACGAAGAAAAGAAGUCCGAAGCUUCACAAAAGCUGGACACUUUCUCCGAAGAGGACCUAUCAGAAUUCUUAGAAAAAUCAAUAAUGCAAGAUGCAGAUUUCCAUGAAUUACGUUAUCAGCCAUUACAGAUCCAGCUUGAAAGAUUGUUUGGUGACGAGGCUGAUGGGUAUUUGAAUCCCACUGUCAAGGAAAGUCCGAGGAGAGUUUUUGAUCUUGCUGUAGCAAGGAAAAGUAAGCCAGUUACUGUUUUAAUACUGUAUAUUUUGUUUUCUUUCUUCUUAAUCUAGUCGUAAUUUUACUAGUUUUUACCUACUAUGUUAUUGUCUUUUUCAUUGAAUAAAUCAUUUACUGUUAUGUUAUCAUUUACUGUUAUGUUACUGUUUUGCAGUGGUGAAGAUCCCCUCUUACACAACAAAGCUUUGCUAAAUAUGUUAAUGAAUUAAAGAUAAUUAUUAUGAUACUUAACAUACUUUUCUUUAUAUUAUUCCCUUUUUAGAAGGUCAACAUGGCGCUGCAGCAUUGUGGGAAGCAUUGAGGGCUUACUCCAGGCAAAAAUUGGUAAACAAAGAUGCGUUAAUUUUGCCUGAUGUUAAGGUACAAUAAACAUUCGUCCCUUUUUCUGUCUUGCUCUUCAUUUAAUUGAGAAUGAAACAUACAUAUUCAAUAACUUGUUUUUCUCAAUGUUUCAGAAUGCAUACGCGUGUUUUGUAAGAGAAUGUCUACGACGUCAUAUCACGCCCAUAAAGAGAAACUUUGUUAGUGAAGAAGAGGUGAAUGGAAUGUUUUUGUCAGUAUGUGCAGCAGAUUGUGGCCAACGUACCUUAGUUGGAAGUGUUGGCUGCAAUAUUUCUGUAUUCUGUGUAUUUGCCACCAAAGAUAUGACUACAACAUACAACAAGAAGAAUUAACAUUAUUUUCCCACUCUUGAUAACUGCUGGUUGACCUCCAUCUGUUGCAAGAUUCAUUGUUUUUCUGAUCGAUUCUUGCAUGUCUAGGACUGAAAAUAUCCAUACCACUACUUUGCUUGAUUUUGCAAUGGCUAGAGCAUGUUCCAUCCUGAGGAAUAUUAUUUUUCCGUUUAAAUUUCAGACUCCUGUAAAUGUUAAUCCUGAAGAAAGUGAUAUUCUAAAAGACGUCAAGUAUCGAAGACAUCGUCAAGAGCUCAUGUAUCGUAUAGCACAUAUCAAUCAAGAUAAAACAAAAUUAUUAUUUCAAGUUAUUGGACAGCCACAUUACUCGGAAGAGAAGGAUGAGGAUGGAAUAAGAAGAUAUUACCCUGAGAUAACACAUGUAUGUAUUCUAGAAUGUUGAAGAGUUAUAAUUACACCUACUUAGCAGUUACGAAAAAUAAACUAUAUAGGCCCUUCGGUCAUUCUGGUCAGUGUAGCGCUCAGACCAGCUACAGUGGCAGUUGUUUUAUUGUCUUGAUUUCUAUGUGAUUACAACUUUCAUGCUUUAAUGCGUUUAAUUAACUUUUUAGGAAGAGAACGAAGAAAAACUUCCCUUGGUUAAACUUCCAGAUAUUCACAAUAAUUUAACAUCAAGUAACACGCUAGCUAUGGGCAGCACACGUUCAGUAAAAACAAAAUCCAAAGGACAGCAUCUUGAGGCACAACCUCAUGAAAGCCGUUCCAAACUGGUUUUCUUAACAGAGAAGAGGGCAACAUGCCGAGGCCAGUUUGCAAAACGUUUAAACAAAGACGACAAGGAAGAUUCGAAUUUAAAACAGACGAAAUCAGUUGAUAUUUUGCAAGGGAGUAAAACGCCCAGUCCGGUUUUUUCACAAACGUUAUGGGAACCUUUAAGUAUGCAAGCUUUAUUGGACCAUCAGGUGACUGUCCUUGAAAGACGAAAUGAAAUGGCUGGGCUUGAUUCCUCUCAAGUAUGGAACGUGUGCAGGUGA